AUGACUUCAUCCAACAACGCGGCAGAGAAUGACGAUGACGACGAGGCUACUACUAGGUUCCAACUCACACCGAUCCAAUCAACUUCUCUGCUGGUUGCCUACUGGCGAGAUUUGGAAACUCGUGGACAGGUGGACCACAUUGCCCAGCACAAGCCCUUGAUUGAGGAUCUUCCCGCGUCGGCGUUGCUGAAUGCCUUAUUGUCGCCCUCGCAAUUGAAAUCCUAUCAGCAAAGUCCCAUUCGGCCAUAUGGAAUCGAGUGCUUGGCAACACGAACGAGGGCUCUGGAUGAUUGGCUGAUUUCUCCAAAAACAACAAAGCAAAGCCAGCAACGACAAGUAGUCAAUUUGGGGGCUGGAAUGUGCUGUAGACCAUUGAGAUUGGAACAGUUACCCCAUUACGUGAAGUCAUGGUGGGAGGUGGAUUCGGACAUGAAUCUUCUUCAAAUCAAACGAUCCGUCCUACAAGCUGCAGGAUAUCAACCUGAACUUCCCAUUGUGGAUGUUUCCAUGGAUUUGUCUUGUUCCAAAUCUAGCUUGAAAUCCAAAUUGCAUGCCCAUGGAUUUGCGCCCGACGCAAUGCCCACAGAUUGGAUUGCGGAAGGAUUGUUUGCGUAUCUCUUGCCCGACCAGCAUGACAAGUUGCUGCGAGAAACCGCGGCAUUGUCGACCCGGGCUUCACGCUUGGCUGCGACCGUCGCCGAACCAGCCUUUAAUGAGUUUUGGGAAGGAACACUGGGAGUUCAGCUUCCCUAUCAAGUCCUGGUUCCCGUCACACAAAUUUUGGAACAGGCACAAGCCUAUGGAUGGACUGUCGAGAGGCAUAUUCGGCCUCAAGAUUGGUCUCGGUUGUAUCCUGGACGAGGAGAGCAAUUGCCAGGGUACAAUGUCAUCUUUUUGGUCAAAGAUUGA